AUGCCCAUGCCCUCCAGAGACAGGGGCCUGCACCCAGGCCACCGUGACUAUGGCUCCUGCAUCCCUUUGAGUCAGCUCUGGCCAGGCCCCAUGGAGAUGCGGCCCAUCAAGGGCCUUUACUACCGCCGGGUCCGGAAGGUGGGUGCCCUGGAUGCCUCCCCGGUGGCCGACCUGAAGAAGGAGAUUCUGGUCAACGUCGGGGGCAGGAGGUACCUCCUGCCCUGGAGCACGCUGGACCAGUUCCCGCUGAGCCGCCUGAGCAAGCUUAGGCUCUGCCGGAGCUACGAGGAGAUCACGCAGCUCUGCGACGACUAUGACGAGGACAGCCAGGAGUUCUUCUUCGACAGGAGCCCCAGUGCCUUCGGGGUGAUCGUGAGCUUCCUGGCAGCCGGGAAGCUGGCGCUGCUGCAGGAGACGUGUGCGCUGUCCUUCCGGGAGGAGCUGACCUACUGGGGCAUCGAAGAGGCCCACCUGGAGAGGUGCUGCCUGCGCACGCUGCUGAGCAGGCUGGAGGAGCUGGCCGAGCUGCGCCGGGACGAGGCACUGCAGCGACAGCGGGAGGCCUGUGGCCCCACCGCGCACACCUCGCGCUGGGGGCUCUGCAUGGACCAGCUGCGCCAGAUGGUGGAAAACCCGCAGUCGGGGCUGCCGGGCAAGGUCUUCGCUUGUCUCUCCAUCCUCUUCGUGGCCACCACAGCGGUCAGCCUGUGCGUCAGCACCAUGCCCGACCUCAGGGCCGAGGAGGACAAGGGUGAAUGCUCUCAACGGUGCUACUAUAUUUUCAUCGUGGAGACCAUCUGUGUGGCCUGGUUCUCCCUGGAGUUCUGCCUGCGGUUUGUCCAGGCCCGGAACAAGUGCCAGUUCUUCCAGGGGCCCCUGAACAUCAUCGACAUCCUGGCCAUCUCCCCGUACUAUGUGUCACUCGCAGUGUCCGAGGAGCCGCAGGAGGCUGGCGAGAGGCCGAGCGGGAGCUCCUACCUGGAGAAGGUGGGGCUGGUGCUGCGCGUGCUGCGGGCACUGCGCAUCCUCUAUGUCAUGCGCCUGGCGCGCCACUCGCUGGGGCUGCAGACGUUGGGCCUCACCGUGCGCCGCUGCACACGCGAGUUCGGCCUGCUCCUCCUCUUCCUUGGAGUGGCUGUCACCCUCUUCUCCCCUUUGGUCUAUGUGGCUGAGAAUGAGUCCGGGCGGGUCCUGGAAUUCACCAGCAUCCCAGCCUCCUACUGGUGGGCCAUCAUCUCCAUGACCACAGUAGGCUAUGGGGACAUGGUCCCCCGCAGUGUGCCGGGCCAGAUGGUGGCUCUCAGCAGCAUCCUGAGCGGGAUCCUCAUCAUGGCCUUCCCGGCCACGUCCAUCUUCCACACCUUCUCUCACUCGUACCUGGAACUCAAGAAGGAGCAGGAGCUUAUGCAGGUCCGCCUCCGCCGCCUCCAGAAUGCCACCACGGCCAGCGAGCAUGAGCUCCUGAACGAUGCUCACGACCUGAUCCUGGAGGGCCCAGCCUUGCCCAUACCGUACAUUUAA